AUGACCGCCGCCUCACUGACCAACAUUGUGCUGGGUUGCCUGACAACGCUGUUUAUUUUCCAAAUUGCUUUUUACUACUACCAAAACACACAAAAGGAAGCCUAUCAUACCGAGUGGAUCAGCAGCAAGGAUCAGUGCUUGUGCGAGUCAAAGGCCAAUUGCUAUCCGCUUUCGGCUGAUUCAUCACAAUGUGGCAGAUGCUUUUCGUGCAUUUCGAUUGCGCCGGUACAUCGCAAGAGGGAUGCUGGGAUGGCUUUUGCUUUGAGUUCCGAUCACACUGCCAUGGGCAAAGUGCUAGUCCUUAUCGCUUCCAUUCAUAAAUUCUAUCCAUCGACGAAAGUGCUGCUGUACGAUAGACUGGAUGAGAAAGAUAGUCUACUACAAAAACAACUAGUCAGCAUACGAAACAUACAAGUGCUGCCUUCAAAUAUCGCCACUAAAUACCUUGCUCCAGAUGCACACAACUCUCAGAUGAACAUCUUUUUCAUGCUGGAUGCCCUCAGCCGUUACGAGUCUAUUCUUUGGUUGACGGAUGAUCUUGAAAUUCUGUCGAAAAGCCUCGACGAUGCAUUGAACAAGAGCACAUCAUCAAUCAUGACGAUUGGCCGAGAAUACACGAUUUCUGCUAAGAGAAAUGCCUACGCCUCAUACUUUCCUGGAACUGCUGCUUCAUCCAAUAACUAUACACUGCUUUUGUUGCGAGACGGUUCACAGAAAACACUUCAAUGGUGA